AUGGAGAUUGACUUUGAUAAAAGAACCAAAGUUUCAAAAGCUUGUGAUUAUUGCAAGCAAAGGAAAUACAAAUGUACUGGGAUAUCACCAUGUGAAUUAUGUACUAGAAAGGGAGUUGAAUGUAAAUUUAGUAUAGUAGAUAAAAGAACUUUACGUCGUACAAGUAAAAGAAGAAAAACUAAACAAGAUAUGAAAAUUGAUUCUGAUGCUCAAGAUGAUAAAGUUAUAAUUCCUAAUAUUUCCAAGCCUAGUAAAGAUAAUGAUGAUAUUGAUGUUGAUGAUUUGAAAUUACUAAGUAAGAAAUCAAAAAUCCCAUUACAAUUUCAACCAAUUAUAAGAUUUCCCUUACAUAAAGUUGAAGUUCAACCAAAUACAGAUCAAUCAUCUACGCCAGUAGCAUCGGACUCUUCAACGCUUGCUCCACCACCCGCAGCACCGGCAGCAGCAGCACCACCACCACUACAGCAGUCAAAAGGUAAUUCAGAAACACGCGAACCACAAAAAGUAUUAUAUGAUUCACAUGGAAAUCUACGAUAUGUUGGAGAAAGUUCACCGUUAUCAUUUUUAUUUGAAUGCCGAAACAUUUUUCAAGAAAGACUUGGACCAACUCAAUUCUCAUUAGAGAAUGAAUCAUUGGAUGUAAUUUGUGAUCCCGAAGAGUAUCCAGAAGCUAUUAAAAUCCCAUUACCUGAUCGAGAACUUGUUGAAGAUUUAUUUGAAUUAUUUUGUAUUAAUUUAGUACAAGCAAGUUAUUUCAUUGAUAUAAAUUAUUUUAAAACAUAUACCAUAAAUGCAAUUUAUCAAGAUUUUAAUCAGUGUAGUCCAGGCCAAAUAGCAAUAACUAAUUUGAUAGUUGGAAAUGGAUUAUUAUUUGCAGAACUUAGCAAUCAUCCAAUAUUACAAAGAUUAACUUCAUCAGAAAUGAAAUCUUCAACUUAUUUUGAUUAUGGAUAUUAUUUAACUAGAACAUAUAUGCAUUUUGGACAGCUAUGGAUAGUCGAAGGAUUUUUAUUAGCUUACUGUUAUUAUCAAGUUAGACUUCAUAAGAAUACUGCUUGGUUGAUGUUGGGUAUGGCAAUUAGAAAUGCCCAAUCUAUUGGAUUACAUCGACGAUUUAUUAAUGAAUCUUUUAACGAUUAUAAUUAUGUUGUUCAUAGAAGACGACUAUAUCGAUCAUUAUAUAUAUUGGACAGAAUAACCUCAUGUUUAUUGGGUCGACCACUAAUUAUUGAUGAUUAUGAUUGGGAUGAUUAUGAUAAUGAAGAUAUUUUCAUUAAAGAUGAAAAUGGCGAAAUUUAUCAUGACCCAAGGUAUGAAGCAAUGAUUCAUGAAUGUAAAAUUGCAAGAUUAGCUGGUAAAGUAAUUCGGAAUUACUAUCUUGAAGGUGUUUUAAAUCCAUUUAAAGCUGAAAAGUUAGCUAUUGAAUUGAAAUUAUGGAGUUUGAAUUUACCUGAACAUUUGCAAAUUGAUAAAUUAUUCAUUGAAGAUUCUCAAGAUCUGAAAAUGCAGAUUAAACCCGGAUCUUAUUUUGAUAACAAGAUCCCUAUGGUUAUUAUGCAUAUUUGUCAAUUAUACUGUAUUGUUCUUGUUGGUAGACCAUUUUUCAUGUAUCUUAUAUUUAACAAGAAAAGGCGAAAGAAUAUAUUGAAUAAACCAAAAACUAAACAAGAAAUAGCCAUGAAGAAUUUCAUUGCCAUUACUGUUAAAUCAUCAUUAUUAAUUGUUCAAUUGGCUGAUAAAUAUAUUACUACCCUUAAAUUCAAAACGGCAAGAAUAGAACUGCAUGGCGUAACUCAUGCUGUUUUGAUGGCAUGUUUAAUCACUGGAUUAUCAAUACUAUAUCUUGAACAUAACAGAUACACAUUUCAAGAUGUUUAUUAUUCAUCUAAAUUAAUGAAGUUUUUAAAUAUUGGACAAAAAAUUUAUAAAUUCUAUGAACAAUCAAAUCCAAUGUCUUCAAGGUUUGGUAUGAUUGUUAGUCAAAUGCAACAAGCUUUGAUGGAGAAAUUUAAUUUAGAUAUAGAUGGUAAUAAAAUCAAGAGCAGGAAAUCAACCUCCAAAAAACAUCACCAACAUCGUCAUCAACAACAGCAACAACCGAAACAAACAGAAUCAGUGCUACCAGUGUCUACGAGAGACGAACAAGCUAGUUAUAAUCAAGAGGAGAGUUAUGAACAAGUACAAGAAACCAAUCAAAGAGUAAGUAAUUUAGGUGGGAAUUUAUCGGAAACUCAAGAAUUACCAUUUGAUGAAGAUUAUGUUAGUUUAUUUGAAACCUUUGAAAAUCUAUUGAAUCAAUCAAUUGAAUAUAAUCCAACAUUGACAAUCGGAACCUCAGCAAGCACCAUGCUGCCACAAACUACAAAUGCUUCAUCUUUACUGUCAACUAGUGAAACUUUGAAUGAAUUUAUGUAUAAUCCAGAUAUGCGUUAUGUAUUUAAAUGA